GGGACAGUACCCUGGGAGCACUGGGAGGGUACCCAGGCCCAAACUGGGAGAGUUGAGGGGGCACAGGGGAACUGGGAGGGUCCCCAGGCUGAACUGGGGGGCACUGGGAGGGUCCUCAGGCCCAAACUGGGGGCUCAGGGCCAGCCAGCAGUGACCGGGCUAUCCGUGCCGUGCCGUGCCGUGCCAGGCCAGGCCGUGCCGUGCCGUGGCAGGCUGAGCCGUGCCGUGCCGUGGCAGGAUGGCGCUGCGCUCGUGGCGGUCGCUGUUCUCGGGCCGGCUGCUGCUCCUCACCAACACCGUGAGCUGCGGGGGGCUGCUGGCGGCGGGGGACUGCCUGCAGCAGGAGUGGCAGCGCCGCAAGCACCCCGAGAGCCAGCUGCAGCUGGGCCGCACCGGGCGCAUGUUUGCGGUGGGCUGCAGCCUGGGCCCCCUGCUGCACUACUGGUACCUGUGGCUGGACGCGGCGUUCCCGGCGCGCGGCGUGCGCCGCCUCAGGACCGUGCUGAAGAAGGUGCUCAUUGACCAGCUGGUGGCCUCGCCCAGCAUGGGAGCCUGGUACUUCAUGGCCAUGGGCACCCUGGAGGGCCAAUCUCUCCAGGAGAGCUGGGACGAGCUGAAGGAGAAGUUCUGGGAGCUGUACAAGAUCCUCAACUUCCUCUUCGUGCCGCCCGCCUACCGCGUGGUGUACGUCAACGUGGUGACCCUGGGCUGGGACACCUACCUGUCCUACCUCAAGCACCGGCCCCGCAGCUCCAGGCAGGAGCCACAGCAGAGCCAGAGCAGCGCCGGCGCCUAGAGAGGGAGCAGCCCCCCAGAGCAUCCUGAGAUGGAUUUCUGGGCAUCGUGGAGCCCCCCAGGCUGCUGCUCAUUAACUCAUCUGCUAAUUACAGCCACGGCUUGGGGUUGUAACAAUCUGGUGUUGCAGGAGAAGCUGUGAAGUGAUUUCUUCUGGGAUUUGCCCGCAGGGCCGGGGUGAGCAGGAGCUCUGCAGCCCCUGGGCAGGGCCCUGCCUGGAUUUGCUCCUUCUGCAGAGCAAACCAAUGCCCUGCUGCUCCUCCAGCACCUUCCAGCCUCCCGGAUCCCCCUACAUGGAUUUUGGGAAGGAAUUCUUCCCUGUGAGGGUGGUGAGGCCUGGGGUGGAAUUCCCAGAGCAGCUCCUGGAUCCUGGGCAGUGCCCAGGGCCAGGCUGGAGCAGCCUGGGGUGGUGCAAGGUGCCCCUGCCAUGGCAGGGGUGGGAAGGGAUGGGGUUUGAGCUCAUUCCAGCCCAACCCCAGUCCCCGAUUCCCUCUGGCUGCUCCUCUGCUCUCCCUGCAGCUCCUCACUCCUUCCCCUCCUGCUUCUCCUCUUCCAGCUCGGGGAUAAAUCCCUCCACUCCCCCCAGCUCGGGCGGGGGCUGCAGCCACCUGCACCCUCUAUAAAUAGGGAUGUGAUUGCAGCGCUGGGGAGGAGGCAGGGCGGGUUGGAGCCACAUUUUGGCACAGUUUGGGCCAUCACAUCCCUCUGCUCCCAGCCCUGGGCAAGCUGGAAGCUCCCUGCAUAACCCAAGAACUGAAUUAUUUCCAGUGUCAAUGAAAAUUGCCUGAAUGGGUUUGGGUUUGUUUUUUUUUUUUACUUGAUUUUUAAAGCUGUGCCUUAAUGCUCUGCCCUGGUCCCUGCUGUCACACACCCGGGGGGGACUCAGCUCCUCCCUCAGCAGCAGCAGGAGCCAUUUGGGGGAUGAUAAUUUAAAAAAAUCCGAUUAAUUCUGCUCCUCUCUGGCAACUCAGGGACCCCGAGGAACUUCUGAUCAGCAUUGGUUUAUUUCUUCACAACAUUUCUUUUAAUACAGUGAUUUUUAGGAAAUUGUA